UACAGAGGGGAAGUGCACAGUGAAAAGAGUUGAAACGAGAACAGCCGUUUAAGAGCCGGGACAGGCUCACGGUAUUACCGACCAAUGUUAGCAACAUUAAGCUCGGUCCCACAGGCUAUUGUCACUGGAGCCAUUGAGCCUGUAUUUGAUAUAUUCAGAAUUAUCAUGGCGGUGUAACGUCAACAUCGGCGGCUACAGGAAGAGGAAGAUCUCGGCUGAGAUAAUGUUGACCGCCUUGGUUUGCGGAGCUGUGGCGUUUCCAGGACUUUUCUUCAGCUUCAGGAAAGCACUGAGACACAAGUUCACUCACUGGAGUGAAGCCGACGUACUUUGCGUCAGUGAGAGGCUGGUGUCCGCCAUCCAUGCGUCUUUGGCCACUGCAGCUGGAGUCACAGUGGUGGCAUCCUGCAAUGACGUCAUGACUGACAGUCACUGGCUAGUCAAUUGGUUUGUUUCGUUCGGAGCUCCCUAUAUGACCUUUGACAUCUUUGCCAUGUAUCUGAGCCACUACCACACUCAGAGGGUCAGAGGUCAUCCCAGUUCAUCGAGAGGCCACUCUCUUCAGAUGGUGAAGGCUUUCCUCACUAAGGACUGGAUGUUGGUCCUCCAUCACCUGGCACUGCUACUCAUUUUUAUGCCCAUCACUCUGUUCUUCAGGAGGGGACUGGGUGAUUUCUUCAUCGGCUGCUUGUUCACCACAGAGUUCAGCACACCUUUUGUCUCUAUUGGAAAGAUUCUCAUCCAGCUGGGCCUCGAUGACACCAGGCUGCACCGGAUCAACGGCAUCAUCGUCCUCUGGAGCUUCUUCACGUGUCGGAUCUUGCUCUUCCCCUUCAUGUACUGGAUGUACGGCCGGCAGUUUGGGAUUCCCCUGCACAGGGUGGCCUUCCAUCUACCUCUGCACUGCAACGUGGGUAAUCUGGCCAUCCUGGCUCCUCAGAUCCACUGGUUCAUCCUGCUGCUGAGGAAAGCUAAGAGGCUGUACCUGCGGCAGAGCAGGGGGAAGGCAGGUGGGGACGGGCGGAAGACGGACUGAGGGGUCUGAAUGGUUUAGCACCAAGAGGAAAGAUAGGACGAAGCCAUCUAGGAGGAUUAAAUCUAAAAAAUCUAAUAUCUGAGAAUGUGGUACUAUUGAGAACUUAUUAUUUCAAGAUUUUUUUUUUUGCCUAAUAUAUUUAAGAUGAUAUUUGAUCUGAUUCCAAUGGAAGAAUUCUAAAUAUACUUCAUACCUUAAGUAGUAAGUAAUCCUUAGUUACCAUUUUUUCAUUAAAUUCUACGACUUCCCACCUUUUUAUUUUUCUGAAAAUGUCACUUUUUGAGAGACUAUUCUGGAAUAUUAUCACUUUCUCAAAAUAUCAAACUUUACUAAAUGUAUUUCCUUGACUGCCUCUAUUGCACUACUGCACAAUGUAACCUUAUAACUGGAAAUGAUUUGUUCGUCUGCUGUAUUUACUGGAGAAAACUUCAGUACAUUUUGUGUUAUAUUAGCUUUACUGUUUGCAGAGAAUACUUUUGUACCAAUAAAACAAAUACUCUUUACUUGAUUAAUUUUUGAA